UGACAGGCUGGGCCCACCCUUGCUACAUCAAUGUCGCUCAGAGAUCCCGGGGUCUGGCUUGGCAACGCAAACCUCGAGCUGGCACUGCUGGAACUUUCCUUUUCUUAGAGCCUAGACACAACACUCUCGCUCUCCCCGAGCUCCCCGAGAUGAUCUCCGACUUUCAAGCUCACAACGUGCCGAUUCCUUCCUCCGCAUUUGAGAGUGGAGACUCCGGGCUGGCGAGGUGACCAAUGAGAAGCACACUCGGCGCCGCUAACAAUCCAUCACAUUUCCAGCCUCCACUUCUACGGCCACGACGCUCCUCACGCGACUAUGGCAGACUUCGACGGUGCUGGUAAGGCGUUCUUGGCAUGGCUUCAGCGGUCUGGAGCGGAACUCAGCCCAAAGAUCAAACUCGAAGAUCUGCGACAUGCGCAAGCUGGCAGAGGCGUGGUUGCUACACAGGACAUCGCUGAGCACGAACUCCUCUUUCGCAUUCCCCGGUCAGCGAUCCUCAGCGUCGAGAAUUCGAUCUUGUCCAAAGAGAUCCCCGCCGCGACCUUCGAAACACUUGGACCAUGGCUGUCCCUCAUCCUCGUCAUGCUCUACGAGUACCUCAAUGGCGAAGCAUCCAAUUGGGCCACGUACUUUUCAGUCCUGCCCGCUGAAUUUGACACCCUCAUGUACUGGAGCGAAGACGAACUCGCCGAGUUGCAAGCCAGCGCCGUCGUAAACAAGAUCGGGAGGGACAGCGCCAAUGAGAUGUUCCUCGAGCAGCUGAUACCUGUCGUGAAAGAGUUUGCACCCAUCUUCUUCGCAGACGACGAGCGUGCGCCACAGAAGGCAGAGGAGAUGCGAGACGAGCGCAAUCUCGCAUUGAUGCACCGUAUGGGUUCGCUGAUUAUGGCAUACGCUUUUGACGUCGAACCCUCGGUGCUGAAGAAAGAUGUCGAUGAGGAAGGCUACGCUUCAGAAGACGAGGAUGAGGCUCUUCCCAAGGGCAUGGUGCCUCUGGCAGAUAUGCUGAACGCUGAUGGAGACCGCAACAACGCCUGCCUCUUCUACGAGGCCAGCUCCCUAGACAUGAAAGCUCUAAAGCCAAUACGCGCCGGCGAAGAGAUCUUCAACGACUACGGACCGCUCCCUCGCUCUGAUCUGCUGCGUCGAUACGGAUACAUUACCGACAACUACGCUCAGUAUGAUGUCGCAGAAGUUUCUAUGGAUCUGGUCACCGACCUUGCGACGACAGCCGGCAUUUACUCGGAAUCGCGCAUCGAGUACCUUGAUGAGCAAGAAGUCGUCGACACUGGUUACGACCUCACAGUCAGCGACCCUUUCACACUGCAAGAGAGCCUGUCUCCCGAGCUUGUGGUGCUUUUGGAGACUCUGCUGUUGCCAGAGGAAGACUUUGAGCGGCUCAAGAAGAAGGGCAAGCUACCGAAACCCGAAAAGAUGACUAGCAAAGGUGGCGCGCUCUUGCAUAGACUUAUUCAGACACGACUCGCACAGUACAAUACGAGCCUUGACGAUGACGUCCGCAAUUCCCCUGACGUACCCGGCGUCGGCGGACCUGGCUCAAAAGAGCGACGCUUCGCCAUGGCCAAGGCAGUACGAAUCGGGGAGAAGAGACUGCUCAAGCAGGUGGAAGAAGCACUGGCUGAAAAAUUCGCAAGAGAAGGUGUCGCGAUAAAGAGACGACGAGAGGUAGACGAAGAAGGAGAUGUGGAGAUGGGCGGCACUGAGAAGAAGCAAAGGGCAUAGACGACUUAUCUCGUGAUCUCGACGAUUGCGCCGCACAUCGAUUGUCGCACACGUUCAACGAACCGCCACCACAGCAGCAUUAGAAUAGUAGACCCGUGGGUUGACGUCCUCCAGUGCGCCCGACCCCGUCUCCCCG